AUGCGCCCGCUCACGAAGGACGUACCAUCCACGCCUGUGUGGCGAGCACCGUCGCCAUCGCUCUCGUCCACUUCUUCACAGGAGGGCGCUCUGUGCAUGUCCCCCCUUCCGCGCCCUUUGUACCAUGGCGGCAUGUUGACUGGAUCCACGUCGUCGACCUCCUCCUCCGUGGCGGUCACGAGUACCGCCAUCCUCCACGACUUGCUCUUGACGUACUCGCUCCUCGAGGCUGAGCCUUUCGAGCUCCUUUCGCUUGAGCGCGUCGCUGAACUGCGCCAAGAGCAGCAUAGACUCACGGCCUCGCUCCAGGAUGUGCAAGAGCGCAUUUCCCUCGAAAAAAAGAUGCGCGGCGCCACGCAUCGACUUCAUACAUCGGGGCAGAACGCACCCUCUGCUCCGACGCUCGUACGUCGUGAGGAUGUGACGAUGGCCAUGGAGCGCACGGACGAGGUCAUGCAGCAGUACAUGCAAGUGUCGGAUGCCCUCUGCGACGUCCAGCGCCAGCUGCUGUCGCAUCAUAUUGCCGUGCUUCGUGACCAUAUCCAGUCUGAGCACCACGCGGCGUCGGAGAGCAGCUCGGUCCAUGCGUUUGUCACACCCAGGCGCACGACCUCGUCGACGAUGCCGCUGACCCCGCGGCGAUGCCGCGACCGACCGACCGCGUCCCCCACGGCGCGCAGCGCGAGGCUCGAUGCGCUGCUGAUGCAUGAACAGGACGCCUCUCCGAGUCCACAGCGGCGCAAUUUGCAGCGGCGCCUGAGCCAGCUGUGUGCGGAGCAUACCACGCUGCAAGACUGGUGGAUGGCCGAGAAGCCGACGCAUCGCGUACUACGCGACUAUAUCCGCGACAUGCAGCAGAUGCAAUCUUCGUUGAAAGAGCUGCAGCUCUCUGUAGCAGCGCCGGACGCCGAUCCUACGAAGGAUCCUGCGUGGGAGCCAUGUAUGCAGGAAGCGCAGCGGCUCCAGCGCCUGUUGCAAGAAGUGCAGUCUCGGCAUGAGGCGGACGCGACACCGGCGCAGGAGUCUGCCUCGCCGCGCGCGCGGGAGCGAGGCGUGAGCGCCGAGCCACAGCCGCGCACCGAGCUGCGUGGGCCUGCGCAGGACGGCGCGGGGCCGGCUACGGAGGAUCAGCUGCGUGCGUUGGAAGAGCGUCAUGCGCAGGCACUUCAAGACGCGCACGACCAGAUUCAAUCGCUCCAAGACGAGCGCCAAAAGGUGUGGGAGGAUGCCAAGGUGCGGAUUCGAUCUCUUCAAGACAAGCUCGACCAAGCCCUGCAAGCAGCCGAGGACCCCCCGUCCUCUCUGUCCGAGCGUCAGGAUGGGCUAGCGGCGGAGAAUUCCGCGCCGUCGCUCCGCGAGCGGGAGGCAAGUGAGCCGCCGCCUGCGAGCGCAUCGGCCUGGCCGGCGGAUGAUGUGCCGCGUGAUGCGUCGGACGCGGACCCAGAGAGGGACAUUGACAGGCGUCUCGCGGCCCUGCAGGCAGAGCACGCAGCGCAAGAAGCCGCGCAUGCACAGACGCGUGCGUCUUUGGAAGCGCGUAUUGCGCAGCUUGAGUCUAUGGUGGAGAACGAGGCGCGCCAAGCUGCUGCGCCACCGACGCUCUCGAGCCGUUGGCACCAAAUGCUGCGCGGCAGUGAGCCGGCUAUGACGCGUGAUGUGUCUGCGAGUUCGAAGGAUCGUUCUCCUUCGCGGGACAUGGAUGAGCUGCGCGCGCAGCUUGCUAUGGAGCGCGAGCAAAAGGACACGGUCGCCAAGCGUCUGGAAGAUGUGAUGCUCUUGUACCGCUCGGUCGUGGAUCAUCUCGGGCCAUCGAGCGCCUCGGACGAGAGUGGUGCGCGGAUGGAUACGCCCGUGGCGGAUGACGCAGCGCCCUCGGACGAUGCGCUGAUCUUGCGCACGCCGGAUACACUGACGCCCACGACGCCGCAGGUGCCCGAGACGCCGCUUCGACUCACGCGUCUGGAGACGUACUUGGAUGCGAACCAGACGCCGACGCAUCGCAGUGAGCGGCGCACGGCUGUCGAGGCGCGUGUGCGCCUUCUUGAGGUGCAGGUGGAGCAGCACAAGCGGGCGGCCGAGCAAGCUCGUGCGGCGUACGAGCAGUUCAAGGCGCGGCAUGAGGCGGAUAGGGCGAGUACCGCGCAUGAGCGCGAUGUCGUGCAGCUGUGGACGCAGGCGUGGCGCACGUUGUGUGAGCGGCUGCAGCGGCAGCAUGAGUUUUGUAUGCGUGUGCUCGGCAAGGACGAUGGCCGUGAGGAGAUGGAUGGCCUGCUGGACCAGAUCAAGGCGGCGUCUUCCCGCGGUGCUGUGACGCCCACGAGUGCUGCGCGGGAUGACUCUCUGCAGCAAGAAGCGUCGCGGCUGCUGGGCCAGCUGGAAGAGCACAUGGGCGAUAUGGCCGAGGGAUUCGCGCGUGCCGGCUCGAGUGAGCUGGGUGACAAUGUGAUUGCGCAGCUGGAAGACAGGAUCGAGGAUCUGGAGGAGCAGCUGGCGGCGCGGUCGGCGACGUCGGUGCCGGCCGUGGUGCCCAAGCCGUCCGAGUCGGAUGAGAUGAGUGUGUAUGCGCUUGUGCUCGUGCAUGCGCUGCUGCCUGAGGAUGACGUGUUGGCGCGCAGCAUGUCGCUAUCGCUCGAUGCGCUGCGUGCGCUCUUUGCGCCGCCUGAGCCCACGGAGGAUACCCUGUCAGCGGCCCUGCCGCCUGUGCCGGGGCUGCUGGCUGCGCGGGAUCUGCUGGAUGUGACGCCGCGUGCGACGUCGCCGGUGUUGGCCGAGCGUGUCCGGCGCUUGCUGGAUAGUGUGCUACGGGAGGGGACAACGCACCAUGCGGUCGCGACGCUCGCAGCGCAGGUCAUGACGCGCGUCGUCGGUACGCUCGACGCGAGUCAUAUGGUCACGGAGCGAGCGAUGGUGCUGGAAGAGACGGUGCGUGGGUAUACAGAUACGUCGGCGUCCGACGCGCCCUCUAUAGACCUGUGGCCUUAG